UUUCUUUCUUUUAUUAUUAUCAUAAAAAAUAAAAAAAAAAAAAUUAAAAAAUACUUUUCUUUCUUUUCUUUUCCUUAAUGUAUCAAACAGAACAAUAUACCCACUCGAAACAACAAUUGUUAGCAAAAUAUUGGAUCGAGUCUAUUUUGAACAUUCAAUUACCUUCUAAUGAUCUAUAUACUGUUUUAAAAAAUGGCGAGAUUCUCUACAAAAUUGUUCAAUUUUUAGUAGAUCAAAAUCAAUUACCUAAUAGCUAUCCUAUUACCACUAAUGACCCGAAAGAUAAAAUUCAACAGUUUUUAAAUGCUAUCAAAGAUUUUGGCUUGCAGUCAAAAGAUCUGUUUAAUGUAGAUGAUUUAACAAAUGAAGAAAACAUGCAUCUAGUCAUUUCAACUAUUCUGGUUUUAGGUCAUGUAUAUUCUUAUAAACGACUCAGUCUAACAUCACCUAUUGCUCACCACAAAAGAUCAAAUAGUGAAGGAAAUUUAAGAAAAACAACUACAAGAAGUCGUAGACCAUCAUUAAUUAUUGAUGUUAAAGAUUUGCACCGAAAAUCCCUUUUAAUAGAUGAACAAAUCAAUAGUUCAGUAUCAAAACGUACAUCACCUUCUUCAGGCGAUAGUGGUUAUGGAAGUAUGAAGCAACAAAAGUCUAAUAAAAAAGUUCAAGACUUAUUUGAUGAUAUCUUUAGUCCCCCUGUCAAAUUAUUUUCCUCCCUUAAAAAAGAGAAAACACCCCAUUACGUUAAAUUUCAAACCUGGUCUACUAAAACCAACGAAGACUGCAUGACAGGAAAGUCUCCUGAGCUUUGUCUAUCAUCCUCUGUACGAAGAUCUAACUCAACUAGUUCAACAGUCAUAAAAGACCAAACCUCUUUCACUAAACGAUCUUCUUUAUCAACUCCUCUCAUCUUGAAUAAUAACAAGGACGAGAAUGACUGUCUUGAUCUCUUUGAUGGUGAUCAUUUGGUUGCACGAUAUAAACUAGGUCAUGUUAUUGGUAAAGGACAUUUUGGAACUGUCUUUAGAGCUCUUGAUCUUAUUUCAGGUAAAACAGUAGCUAUCAAGCGUAUCCAACAGGAGCAAGACAUUAUUCUUCAGGAGGCUCGCCUUUUGAAAUCCCUUAGUCAUCCUAAUAUUGUCAAGUACGAAGGAUUUAUAAAAUCAAAUAAUGCAAUGUAUAUUGUUUUAGAAUAUGUUGAAAAUGGAUCACUACUUGCAACUCUCAAACAAUUUGGAAACCGUUUACCAGAACCACUUGUAGCCACUUAUGUACAUGAUAUCUUGAAGGGGUUAGCCUAUUUACAUGAAAAGGAUGUAGUUCAUUGUGAUUUGAAGGCAGCUAAUAUCCUGACAACUAAAACAGGUAAUGUCAAACUAUCUGAUUUUGGAGUCUCGUUAAAUCUCAAGAUGUUUCAUGGAAAACAGCAGAAGAAUGAUUAUUUAGUUUCUGGAACCCCCUUUUGGAUGUCACCUGAAGUCAUUCAACUUAAGGGAGCAUCAACUCAAUCAGAUAUUUGGUCAUUAGGUUGUACGAUUAUUGAAUUAUGUACAGGUAAACCACCGUACUCAGAUCUAUUAACAAUGACGGCCAUGUUCAAGAUAGUUGAAGAGGAAAGCCCUCCAAUACCGAUUGACCUCUCUGAUGACCUCAAUGAUUUUUUGAAGCUUUGUUUUAAAAAGAAUCCACUUGAAAGACCAAAGGCAACUUACUUAUUAUAUCAUCCUUGGAUUGUAAAGAAUAACAAUUCAAGAUUAGAUCCAUUAAUGCAAUUUUUAAAUAGCAGUAAUAAUAAUACGACAGCUCGACGAAUACCUACAACAUUCCCAUUUAAAAAAAAGACAAUGAGUGAAUUGCCUAUCAUUUCCUCAAGUAAACAAGAAAGGAGAAGAACAAUCACUGCGACUACUCAUGUUCGACAGUCUAUGCCUCCAGUGAAAAAGGUCCAUGAACAUAAACUGAUUGAGUGUUAUUUUACAAAAGGUUAGUAUUUUGCCUUUCUUUUUAUAUACGUAUAUGUAUCCUUCUUAUUUUAUAUCAUUAACCUUCCUCUUUUCUUUUAACUUAGGGCAACCUGGAUCAUGUCAAA